AUGGACAAGACAGAGGACAUGAGCCGCUCAGUGGCCGCCACCGCCGAAGACCAGACCGACCCAUGGCUGAGACAAUUGAUGGCCAACACACGCAACGAAGAGUACGUCCGACUCAACUACAAGACAAUUGUCGAGUCGUUGGUCGCGAGACUGCUGGCCAUCGACGGCCAGUUGGCCGGACAUUACCGACACUAUCACCAACUGUUGAACCAAUUGAUGACAACAUUGGACUACAAUCGACGCCAUCCGUCGCCGCAGCGAAGUCUAUGUUUUGUCGAUACAGUGGACCGCCUGUUGGCGUCCGCUGUGUUCGUCACCGCCGCGGAUCAGCUACUGAUCACUGACGCCCUCAACGGCCAGAAUCUGUUGAUAAAAGCGGUGAAAUGUCUGCUGAAAGACAGCCUCAGCGACCACUAUAACAACGAUGCGAUUCUUCGCGUAUUGGAUCGACUCGUAAAGAGUUUAGACACGUGUCGGGAGUGUUUGGCAAAGACUGAGCCCAACAGUCAUCAGGGAAUUGUCAUCAAUCACUUGAUCCUGAAUACGAUUCGCUGUCUAUACAUACUGUUGAAUCGGUUCAAGUUUAACGUACUGUCACUGGAUUUGAAUCAAUUCUGUGGCCAACUCUUGGGUCAACUCAAGUGCUUCUCCUUUUACGGCAUCGCCGGCUAUGACGUGUCAAAAGUGAGACAAUCGGCUCUCUUUCCCUCACCUUUCGCUCAAUUUAACGAUCUGAUGGACAACGGAUCCAAUGAGAGGACCGGUUCUGUGAAUAAGAAGAACAGACAUAAGAAGAAGACAAAGAAUGCCAUCAAAAGCGAAGACUUGGACGACGAUAACGACGAGACGAUUACUCUGCACUCGGAGUCGGCCUCAGCGGUCAAAUUGAUGACAUCUGAUUCCGAGUUCUCGUCGUCCGAUUACGAGUCGGCAGUUCACGACUUUGAUGGCCAACGGAUCCAACGCUCGGCGGCCAUCAAAAUACGGCUUAUAUCGUACGAAAGCCUAUCGACGGCUGUCAACCUCUUUGACAAAAGGGUGAUAUUUGGCUUCUGGUCGGCGUUCAUACACCUAUCGACGGCUGUCAACCUCUUUGACAAAAGGGUGAUAUUUGGCUUCUGGUCGGCGUUCAUACAGUCGUCGACUCCCGGUUCGCUCCUGUGGUCAAUACCGCGCGAACAGUCGUUUCGGGUCCGGCUAUCGGCGCUCAACUUCUUGCACAAACUGCUGAUGACUGGCAAUCCAUACGUAACCACUUUGGCCGCCGACGACAGCGGCACUAAAGCCAAACCACUGUCGUUCACCUCAUUGUCACAAUCGUUGGCCCAUAUCGUGGCCGAAGUGCACACCGGACUCAACGCCAUACUCUUCGCCGAAACCAAUUCGGCUGUUUUGGUUCAGGCGUUCAAAUGUUUGUCACUAUUGGUCACAAUCAGUCCGUAUAAGAAACUCAAGAGUGGAUUACUGGUGACGCUUUGCGACAAAUCCCUACCACUCAUGUGUCACAAAGACAUUCAAAUUCAAAACUCGUGUCUGGCGUUAGCGGUGAAAGUCUUCGAGUUGGACCCGUUUCCCGAUGAGAUGCGUGAGUGGAUUGUGGCCACCGAUGCGGGCGUGAAGACAAUGAACAAAGUGUUGAAAUUUUCGUGCGAUUCUAUACUCAGCUCCCAAUCGAUACUACUUUGCGGCGAAUCCUUACGACUGUUGACCACAAUUAUGAAACAGAAGCCGAUUGUCGACACAUUUCUGGACCGUCAAGAGAUCCAUUUGAGUGACCAGUUGUUGAUGAAUAUAGCGCUCGAGUGUCUGGAGAUGGAUGUGUUUGUCACAAAUCUCGUCAAUCAGAGUCUGUUUUGUAAAUUCCUGUUUGUUUUGGGAACUAAUCUCAAGAGAAGAGACUUAUCGGAGACACAGAACCAACAGAAGAGUUGGUGGGUAUGUGUCCUGAAGUCCCGUUUAGUGGAUUUGGGUCUGAAAUGCUCGGACCCGUCGAUACCGCAGUCGACCCAAUUUCGUUUAGUGGAUUUGGGUCUGAAAUGCUCGGACCCGUCGAUACCGCAGUCGACCCAAUGUGUGAUCAUUGACUUUGUGUCCACAAUCAGUGCCCAAGUGUUUGAUUUGUUUGAUCCGAAACUCAAGUUUCAUUUGAUAUCAAUACUGAUAUCAAUCGUGCGAAACGUGGACAACACCAGCGCUGAAGACCUGAACGCCCAGUCGGCUGCCAUCCGAUGUCUCGGUGUCUACCAGUUGUUCCCAUCGAUGACCGAAGACAUCAACUACUUGUCAGACGUGGCGACGCUUGCGAUCGAGAUAUUAGACAUCUUCCGCGAGGCGUAUCACCAGAAAAAGUUGUCUCAUCUGUUGCUGUAUCAGACGUCGUGGACAUUAGCCAACUUCUGCGACAUUAUCAAGAAGUUCUACCUCCGGAACAGCUCCGAGAUUACCGUCGAGUUUAUGGUGAAACUCAUUGAAUCCAAUGUAAACUGUUUUGAUUUGCAUUUCGCAAACGCCAUGCAAUCGGAGAAUAUUAAGACUAAUUUUGUCCGUUCGUUGGGAUCCGCUCUGUAUGUGAUACUGAUUCGGGAACAAACCGGUGAUCAUCGGCGGCAGACAUCGCUCGAGAGUGACCACAGAUUUCGACCACUGUUUACCGAAUUGAUCGGUAAAUUUGUGACCACUUUGAACGCGUCCAAGAAUUUCAAACUCCAGUGGAAUAUCUGCAUAGCGUUCGGCUAUUUGCUAGAACUGGAUCUGUUUCUCCAGUUCUGCAGAUCCGAUACACAAUUGCCGAGAGUUAAUACCGGUUUUGGUGAUAAUCAGACCGCCGAUGGCUGUAAUUAUCAACUGAUUGACUGUAUUUUGGAUACUUUGGUGAAUGUGAUGCAAACCACGCGUAACCAUAAGGUCCAGUCAUACGCGGUGUCGGCCAUCUGUGCCGUGAAUACCAGUUAUCUAAACGAUAAUCAAUUGAUUUGGUUGUGGACUUUGAUCGCCAACUUUAUGGUCAAUCACUUGUCGUCGGUUCCCGUGAAUAUCAGAGACAAUUGGUUUGAA